AACAACAUCGAUCCGGACAAAAUGGCGGAAACGGCGAAUGAAGCUCUGUUGACUGCUGCUGAGAACGGCUCACUUCGAGGCGUAAAAGCGGCUUUGGAAGCUGGUGCAGACAUUGACUACGUCCAGCCAGGCAGCCUUAUAGAGGGUAGGAAUACGGCACUGCUCAUCGCUUCCUUCCUGGGCCAUGUAGAUGUGGUGAAACUGCUGCUUCGCAAGGGGGCGUCUUUAACAAAGAGAGACGCUGUUGCAUCGUCUGCUCCCCUUCAUGGAGCAGCGAGAGAAGGGCAUACAGAAGUGGUGGACUUGCUGGUACAUCACGGUGCAACAUUAGACAUACGGGACGGUCACCAGACUACGCCACUCAUGGCUGCCUGUAUGUACAAACGGGUCGGCACAGUUCGACGACUGAUUGAUCUCGGAGCAAGGGUUGAUUUGACCGACUACCAUGGCUUCACUGCAAAGGGGUACUGUUUCUUUGGCAUAGUGGGAGAAGUCGGAGACCGCGACUGUAUGAAAAUGCUAAAGUUAAUACAGGAGGCAAUGGAGACCAGGCUGCUGAGAUGCUGUAACCCUAUGUGUGGCAAACCAGGCUACAGAUCCACCCUGAAGCUGUGUGCCCAGUGUAAGUUGACCCGGUACUGCAGCCGAGACUGUCAGAAACAACACUGGACUGUCGGACAUAAGAAGAGCUGCGGGCAUGACGCGUACACUGGCGAGACACCAAAUCUAUUGGAUUGCAGGAAGCUGGUCGAGUCAACUGUGGGGUUGCCAAAUUAACACUCCGGUGUAUCU